AUGGCUGUGGACGAAUUCGACUACACCACCAACCCAAAGGCAGAUGGAAUUGUAGCGUCCCUAGUACAUAGCGGAGGAUGCAUCAUCCGAAAUCUGAUCACCGACUAUAACGUCCUUGAGAAAAUCGAGAACGAUGUUCGCCCUCAUAUUGAGGCCGACCGACCGUGGAUUGGGGUUGAUUUCUGUCCACCUGAAACUCGGCGCGUCAUGGAAAAUCGCGCACUUUCACCGAAACCAUACCAAACAAUUCUUUGUAUCGCGAUGUAUGUUCUAGACUGCUGUGCUCGACCUACCGUUCUUGUGUCCGAGCCACAAUUGAGUAAUACGAUUGUCUUCUCCAUCGGACCAGGUGCCAAGCGUCAGGAAUUGCACCGUGAUGAUUCGAUUCAUCACAAUAAGCUACCAGAAUUAGCGAGCUACCAUGACUGUCGAAUUGGAAGAGAUACCAGUGUAGGUCUAUCUGUCGCGGGUAAGAAACCCACAAAAGCAAACGGUGCCACCCGUUUUAUUCCUGGCUCUCAUCUAUGGGGGGAGGAGAGGUGUCCUGAUGAGGACCUGGCUUACUAUGCCGAGCUCCAGCCAGGCGAUGCGUUCCUUAUGCUGGCAUCCUGUUAUCAUGGAGGAAGCGCAAAUACAACCGCAGACGAAGAAAGACUGGUGUAUAGCUGCUUCAUGACAAAGGGCUUCCUUCGACAGGAGGAAAAUCAAUAUCUCGUAAACUCCCUAGAGCAGGUAAAACAAUACCCUCGGGACGUCCAAAAGCUUAUUGGGUAUUCGGUCAGCAAGCCAUUUCUGGGAUGGGUCAAUCUCGAGGACCCUAUUAAGAUGCUCUAUAAUGAUGGUAAGGUAGAAGGCAAUGGGAUGCGGUAG